AUGACGACCUACGCCAACAUCAUGGCUAAGAACAAACCGAACCCUCGAGGCCCUGGUUACAUUAAGUUGUAUAUCCUCGCCUCGGUCGUUUUCUUGUGUUCGACCAUGAAUGGAUAUGACAGUUCUUUGAUGGGCUCCAUCAACGCCCUACCGAACUAUACCAACUAUUUCGGCUUACCCGAGAAUGGUAAUGCCAGUACUGGCAUCAUCGGUCAAAUGUGUGGCGCGCUCUUCAUCUGGAUGACUGACUGGUACGGACGAACAUGGCACAUCUUCUUCGGCUGUCUUGGUGUGUGUAUCGGUACCAUCGUAACGUCUCUGUCGAUGUCACUCCCCAUGUUUAUUGCGGGGAGAUUUCUCCUGUCAUUCUUUGCCACAUGUGCACACACUGCAGCUCCUUUGUACCUGGUCGAGCUCGCGCCGGCAGCGUACCGUGGAACGAUUGCAGGAAUGUACAAUACCUUCUACAAUGUUGGCUCUGUGUUUGCGACUUCAUCGGUAUAUGCGUGUCACAAAUAUCUCGCCCACAAAGGCGACAUUGACUGGAGGCUUCCCCUUUGGCUUCAGAUGGUCUGCCCAGGAUUGGUUGUUCUUCUGAUCAAGUUUUAUCCCGAGUCUCCUAGAUGGCUGGUUGCUAAAGGCCGAAAUGACGAGGCCAAGGCUAUUCUUGCCAAAUACCAUACAAACGGCGAUAUCGACCACCCGCUCGUUGCCCUCGAAAUGACAGAGAUGUUAGCUGCUGUCGAUGUAGAGCACGAAGCUUCUUGGAAAGAUCUAUUUGAUCUUCGUGUUCUUGUCGAGUCCCGGUCUAGUCGCUACCGAUUGAUGCUCAAUAUCGCGUUCUCUUGGUUUGGUCAAUUUAGUGGGAACAACAUUGUCUCAUACUAUCUCCCCAUCAUGCUCAACGGCAUCGGCAUCACCGAUACUGAUACCAAGCUGAUCCUCAACAUCGUCUACGCCGUCGUUGGGUGGACUGCUUCCAUCAUAGGCUCCAGACUUCACGAUGUUGUCGGUCGUCGCAAGAUGCUCAUUACCGCCACAGCUGGUAUGACGGUAUGUCUUGCAAUUGUCGCAGGCUGUGCGGCGGGAUACACGAAAUACGGAAACCAGCCAGCGUCAACCGUCAGCAUUGUCUUCAUCUUCAUGUUUGGUGCCAUUUUUGCUUGCGGGUUCACUCCGAUGCAGCCCAUCUACCCUGCCGAAGUCGUCAGCAACAAAAUGCGAGCAAAGGCCAUGGGCACCUUCAAGUUGACGGCAGGGGCAGCUGGGUUUCUCAACACGUUUGUUGGCCCAAUCGCUCUCUCUAAUAUCGGGUAUUGGUUUUAUGUCUUUUUUGUGUUCUGGGACACCUUUGAAAUGACAUUCAUGUACUUUUUCUUCGUCGAGACCAAGGGCUCAACUCUAGAGGAGCUUGAUGUCAUCUUCGAGGCCAAGAAUCCGCGAAAAGCCAGUGUUGAAGCCGCAAAGGCCCGGAAACGGAUCAUUCAGCAGGGACGGGGCUCGGUCUAG